AUGGAGGCUCAUAUAAAAACUUCUGAAGAAACUUUAGAGCACGCUCACGUAAAAACUGUUGAAGAAGUUUUAGACUAUUUUAAAGUUGAUAUAAACAGAGGUUUAACGGAAAAUCAGGUUGAAGAGAAUGAGAAAACUUAUGGAAAGAAUGAGAUUCCCCAAGAAGGACAAACUUCUUUAAUAGAACUCAUUCUAGAACAAUUCAAAGAUCAACUCGUUAUAAUUCUCUUAAUUUCUGCUGCGAUAUCUUUUAUACUGGCUUUACUCGAAGAAUCCGAAGAACAGGGUACUGCUUUUGUAGAACCAAUCGUAAUUCUCUUAAUUUUAAUCGCUAAUGCGACCGUAGGUGUUAUACAAGAAACUAAUGCCGAGAAAGCUAUUGAGGCUUUAAGAGAAUAUUCACCUGAUGAAGCAAAGGUUUUACGUGAUGGACAUCUAAGUAAACUUCAUGCUUCGGAUCUUGUACCAGGUGACAUUGUUGAUGUCGCUGUAGGUGACAAAAUUCCAGCUGAUUGUCGAAUAUUAAAGGUUUAUUCAUCUGCUUUAAGAGUCGAUCAGGCCAUUUUUACUGGUGAAAGUGUUAGUGUGAAUAAGGACACUAGACCAGUUAAAGAUCCACAAGCUGGAACUACUGUCGUACUUGGAAAAGCACGUGCCAUUAUUGUUAAAACCGGUACCAACACUGCUAUAGGUGAUAUUCAUGAAAAUAUUGCUAGUCAAAUAUCCGCUAAAACUCCUCUAAAAAUUAAAUUGGAUGAAUUUGGUGACUUAUUGGCCAAGGUUAUUACAAUAAUUUGUAUUGCUGUGUGGGUGAUAAAUAUUCGUCACUUCAACGAUCCUUCUCAUCAUGGUUGGCUUAAAGGUGCUAUAUAUUAUUUUAAAAUUGCCGUUGCGUUAGCCGUUGCUGCCAUUCCUGAAGGUUUGGCCGUAGUUAUUACUACUUGUUUAGCUCUUGGUACAAAAAAAAUGGCCAGGAGGAAUGCAAUCGUUCGUUCUCUUCCAUCUGUUGAAACUUUGGGCUGUACUAGUGUUAUUUGUUCGGAUAAAACUGGUACCCUCACUACAAAUCGUAUGAGUGUGUCAAGGUUACUUGUUGUAACAAAUGAGCUUGCUGAUCUCCAAGAAUAUCAUAUUGAUGGUUCCAAUUAUUCUCCACACGGAAACAUUGUGACUCCCGAUGGUGAAACUGUCUAUUUUCUUCCUGAAAAAAGUCCUUGUAUUAAUGACCUAGCAAAAAUAUGUGCUUUAUGUAAUGACUCCCGAAUUUCUUAUGACGAAACUACUGGUUCAUAUAAUAAUGUCGGUGAACCUACCGAAGCAGCUCUAAAGGUUUUUGUCGAAAAACUUGGAACUGACAGUAAUUCAUUUAAUGGUACUUUGAGCUCAUGUUCUUCAAAGGCACGCGCUACUGCUUGUAAUGACUACUAUGAAAAUAGAUUUCAUCGUUUAAAUACUCUCGAAUUUUCUCGUGAUCGUAAAUCCAUGUCUGUUAUUGUCCAAAAUAUGAAUUCCCCCAAUUCUACUUCCUUACUUGUUAAAGGUGCACCUGAAAACAUAUUAGACAGAUGUACGUCUAUCCAGUUAUCAUCAUCCACAACUAUUGGGCUUACUGAUACUAUCAAAAACGAGUUAUCAAAAAAACUUAAAGAAUAUGGCCGUAAAGGUUUAAGAGUUCUUGCUAUGGCUAAACUUGACAAUUGCUCAACUAAUAAUUGGGAUCUUGGUGAUCCUUCAAAGUUUGAUCAAUAUGAAAAAGAUAUGACUUUUAUUGGUUUAGUAGGCAUGCUUGAUCCACCACGUCCUGAAGUUGCGGAUGCUAUUAUAAAAUGUAAGACUGCUGGGAUAAGAGUUAUUGUUAUAACUGGUGACAAUCAAAAUACGGCUGAAGCUAUUUGCAGAUCAAUUGGUAUUUUUGGUGAACAUGAGGAUUUGGAAGGAAAAUCUUUUACUGGUAGAGAAUUUGAUGAUUUUUCAGAUGAUAAAAAAGCCAAAGUUUUAAAGGAAGCUAGUCUAUUUUCAAGGACUGAACCAUCACAUAAGAGUCAACUUGUUGAUAUACUGCAAAGGAAUGGUGAUAUAGUAGCUAUGACAGGGGAUGGUGUCAAUGAUGCACCAGCUCUUAAGAAAGCUGACAUUGGUAUUGCAAUGGGAUCCGGUACCGAUGUUGCUAAAUUAGCUGCUGAUAUGGUUCUUGCCGAUGACAAUUUUGCUAGUAUUGAAGGUGCUGUUGAGGAAGGACGAUCAAUAUAUAACAAUACAAAACAAUUCAUUCGAUAUUUGAUUAGUUCGAAUAUUGUUCUUCUUGGUAUGCCAGAAGCUCUUAUUCCCGUCCAACUUUUGUGGGUAAAUCUUGUAACUGAUGGUCUUCCUGCAACUGCCCUUGGUUUCAAUCCUGCGGAUCAUGAAAUUAUGCGUCGUCCUCCACGAAAUCCUCGAGAACCUUUUGUUGGAAAAUGGUUAUUCUUCCGUUAUAUGGUUGUUGGUACUUAUGUUGGUGCUGCUACCGUAUUUGCAUACGCUUGGUGGUUUAUGUUCUAUGAAGGAGGUCCCCAGAUUUCUUUUUACCAAUUGACAAACUUUCACAAAUGCAGUGCUUUAUUCCCAGAAAUUGGCUGCGAAAUGUUUACAAGCAUUAUGGCUAGUCGUGCUACCACAAUGUCACUUUCGGUUCUUGUCACUAUUGAAAUGUUUAAUGCUACAAAUUCUUUAAGUGAAAACGAAAGUUUAUUCACAUUACCUGUGUGGAAACUAAAACAUUCUCAUUAUGGUAUGCCCUCAUCAUUACUUACUUCAUUGUUAUUUACAUCCUUAUUGUUGUUUAUAGAAACUCUUUGA